AGCAUACAUAAAACUAGUGGGGAAAACUGGAAUGCGUACAGCUAAAGAAGUUGCAGAAGAAUGCGGAGUGUCUUUGCCAAGUGUAUAUAGAAUAUGGAAUGAGAAAUUUAAAAAGGAUUUCAAACAAAAGCAGAAAAACGAAAGAGGUGGUGGCAGGCCUGAGAAACUGACUUUAAGACAAAAACGCUCUGUUCUGCGAAAUAUUAAUAUUUUAAGAGAGGAAAAUAGCAAUUUUACUUCUAAAAAAUUGCUUCUCAACUCAGGAAUAAACCCAAAGGAUAUUUCUUCACGCACAUUGCGGCGUUUUUUGAAUGAAAAUGGAUACCAUUAUCUGCAAGCAAGGAAAAAAGGAAUAUUAAGUAAGACUGAUAUUCGAAAGCGAUAUAACUUUGCAAAAAUGAUGAAAAAGGAUUACAGCAGUGAGGUUUGGACAAAGCAAAUAGCGUUUUAUCUGGAUGGAGUUAGCUUCACACACAAAACAAAUCCAGCGGACGAGGCCAGAGCACCAAAAGGCAGAAUCUGGAGGAAACCUAAUGAAGGCAUGGAUAGAGGAUGCACGGCCAAGGGCAGUCACGAAGGAUCUGGGGGGAAGCUUGUCAAAAUGAUGGUUGCAAUAAGCCAUGGGGCAGGCGUUGUGCUAUGCGAUCAGUAUAAUAAGUUAGACGGGCCGUAUUUUAAAGAUCUGGUGCUCAGAGAAUUUCCCCAAAUGUUCAAAAAGGCACGAAAAGGUCGCUCUCGUCUCUGGCUGCAGGAUGGAGAUCCUAGUCAAAAUAGUGCAGCGGCGAAAACGGCAAUGAAAUCCAUACGAGCAAAAUUACUAUCAAUACCGGCACGUAGUCCAGAUCUAAACCCGAUCGAAAAUCUAUUUCACCUCGUUAAAAAUCAACUGAACAAUAAUGCAAUUGUACAAAAUAUAAAGAAAGAAAAUUUUCAAGAAUUUUCCGCACGAGUACAAUCUACGAUACUCAAUUUUGAUAACAUUGUAAUUGACAAAAUCAUUGAAAGCAUGAGUAAUCGCAUUGAACUUGUUGUAAAUAGAAAAGGGAAGAGAAUUCGAUAUUGACUUUAUAUAAUAAAUUUUAUUAAUGCAUACUGCUUGUGAAAUAUAGAGUUAAUUAAUUAAUA